UUCUUCUUCCUCUCACCCAUUUUCUCAUCUCCUCCACUUCCCCCCUCCGAUCUUCUUCGUUGAUUCACGAAUUUUGCGGACCGAGAUGGCUUCGGAAAGAGGAAGGUCUGCAACAGAGGUGCUACCAUCGCCCAUUCAUCUCCAACAGCACCUGUCCGGCUUGCCACUUCCGUAUGUGUACGAGCCCUUCCCCGAGCUUCUGCAACCGGUGACCGCUUUUUCAGACGAGUUCCUACAGGCGACGAGGGCAGUGCGGUGGCACGAGAGGGCAGAACGGAUCGCCGACGAUGUGAAGUGUUGGUCGCAGAGUGUGAAGGAGUGGAAGAGAGUGACUGCAGAGAUGGAGGGAGAUCCAACUAUCUCCCGUGAACGCCGGGAAGGGACCAUUGAAGCUGCCAAGAAGCACUCCAACUGGGAGCUGCGCAAUUUGGGCCGGAGGAUCUACUUCGAGAGCAAUGCGGAGGAGAGAGCCAGGAUGCUGCCCACAAGUGCAUCGGUGUUCGAUAUCAUCAGCGGGGGAAGGGCGGAGGCGAAAACUCCAGCUGGCAAGGCAAGGUGGGAGUGCUUGAACGGUCGGACGCCGACCAGCGUUCCGCCUCCGCCUGAACCGGUGGAUCCGCUGCCGUAUCUGUCUCCACGGCCAGGCCUAACAUACGAGGGGGGGGGGAGGUUUACCCGCCCUAUAAACAUGUCUAUUGCAUAUGCAUCUAUGUUUUAGUAGGGGUUGUCAAACUAUGUGGACAAGUUUGCUA